GGUGGACCGCGAUUAAACAGAAGAAAGUGAACGUGGUUUCAGGUCGGUAACACGGCGGAAGGGGUCGGUAACAGGCUGUCGUCGUCAUCCUCGGACCGCUCUGAGGCGCAAACGGCACGGCACUCACGCGUUGUUCACAACUCGAUUAAACGCACACGUCUUGUCGUCGUAGUCGCAAAUUUGAUCGAUUUUGAGAAGUUGUCCGACGGUCAAUACUCCGGGUGAUAAAAUGACGAAUUAUGGAGUUGCUGAGUGGUACAGCGGUCGUUCGGUGUUCAUCACCGGAGGUACCGGUUACAUGGGUAAGGUGCUCAUCGAAAAGCUGCUUAGAGACUGCGGUGACAUCAAUUUCAUUUAUGUACUGUGUCGACCGAAGCGAGGUUUCAGCCCAGCAGCCAGGAUAGAGCAAAUAAGGAAAUUAGCAGUGUUCGACCGCUUGCGCAUCGAGUGUCCGGAAAGAUUGAAGAAAAUCAAAGCGAUGGAAGGUGAUUUGGGCCAACCCGGACUAGGGUUGAGUGAUGAAAACAAGUCGAUACUUAUCAACGAAGUGUCAAUUGUUUUUAAUGGAGCAGCUUCGUUGCGCUUGGAAUCCGGUCUAAAGGAUGCGAUAAGACAUAACACAACUGGAACGAAACACGUGCUGGACUUGGCCGUUGAAAUGAAAAAAUUGGCGUCGUUCGUUCAUUUAUCUACGGCUUUCUGUCAUUGCGAGUAUGACACACUCGAUGAAACGAUUUAUCCAUCACCGGCCAACCCGGAGGACGUAAUGCGCGCUGUCGAAUGGAUGGAUGAUCAUACGCUUGAAAUCAUCACGCCUAGAUUGCUCGGGCCCCAUCCGAAUUGCUAUACGUACUCCAAAAGGUUGGCGGAAUCAUUGGUCAGCGAAUACGCUAAUCGAAUUCCAAUAUCUGUGGCCCGACCAUCGAUUGUGACACCUUCGUUCAAAGAGCCUGUUCCUGGUUGGGUGGACAGCUUAAACGGACCGGUAGGAGUAAUCGUGGCAGGUGGCAAAGGCGUUAUUCGAUCUGUGUUAUGCAGUCCGGAUUAUGAAGCGGAAGUAGUGCCCGUAGAUAUUGCAAUUAACGCUCUGAUUUUGAUCGCUUGGAAGAGAACAUUUAUCGAUAACAAAAUGGACGAUGUGGUGCCGUGCUACAAUAUUUCCAAAGGAGACAUUGUUCACUUGACUUGGGGUGAAACUUUGGCUAAAGGAAAACGGUAUGCAUAUGAGUAUCCAUUCGACGCCGGUCUAUGGUACCCUAACGGAUCAAUAAGGACCAACAAACUGAUGCAUUAUUUCAUAGUGUUCUGGCUGCAAGUCGUACCGGCCUACUUGAUCGACGGCAUUAUGGUGUUGGCCAGGCAAAAGACAUUCAUGGUACGAGUCCAGAAGAGGAUAGCAGUCGGUAUGGAAGUGUUGCAGUACUUUACCAUGCGCAGUUGGAACUUCAAAAUCGAAAACACUAAAUCAUUAAUAAAAAAUUUAAAUGAAGCGGACAUGAAAAAAUUCUAUAUUCAAAACACUGAUAUUGACAUUGAAAAGUACAUGAUCCAAGUUUUAUUGGGUGCUCGUCAAUAUUGCAUGAAAGAGCCUCUGGCAAAUCUGGACCGGGCGAGAUUUCAUCUAAAACUGCUGUAUUGGUUGAAUAUGGUCACACAACUGUUGUUUGGAUUUUUCCUCUUGUGGGUGUUUGUACGUGCGUUCGAUUCUUUCAAGUUUUUGCUGGAUUCAACUACAAAUUCAUUUAUAAAUGUACCAAUCAUUGGAUCGUUAAUACCAAAGUGAAGUGCUUCGAACAACCAUAGUAUCAUAUACUAUAAAUAUCACUCGAUCGCAAUACCGUUAUUGUGUGUAAACUGCAUGCAUAAAUAAUUUACAAAAUUAUUAUAUAUUUUGUAUUUAUUAUUCUUUUACAUAACAUAUUUUAAUACUGUUGA